GAUGAGCGUUGUUUCUUCCUGAUUUUAACCCUAAACCCAACAUUUUGGGGAUUUGGGUUGUAUCUGUAUAUUAUUUAGUCAGAACUGCUGUUUGUCAUACUAAUCCUACCCCCAAACCUAACUUUAAACCCAAUAUCUCGCGAGAUUUGGCUGUAGCUGUAUCCCCUUUAGUCAGGACCGCUUUAAGGGUAGCAGUCUCUUUUAUUUAUACUUCCCCCGUCAACAAUCAAUAGUCUUUGAUCAGUCUGAAUCUGGUUUGUAAAAUGGAGCCGGCUUGUCGAAAAGACAAACAGAAACAACAAACACCGACCCGCGGUGACAGAAGCAAACAGAAAUCUGCUCAACAAGAGCUCAAACAGAGACAGAGAGCUGAGAUUUACGCCCUGAACAAGGUUAUGACUGAACUUGAACAGCAGCAGUUUGAAGCCUUCUGCAAGCAGAUGCAGUCGCAAGCUGAGUGAUAAAACUCAUGUACGGCCUCAAUAACACAUACAGAGAUGUUUUAUUAUAAACAAUAUAAUGGUUAUUUUUAUGACCUGUCAUCUAAAUCAGGUUUAUAGUCCUUCUCCUGGACAUCUCGAGCUCCUGAUCCAGUAAAUGGAAGAUGCAGGAUGAUGUCCAGGAGCAGGAAUGAAAACUCCUGAUAUAAACCACAAUGUAUUGGAGAAUGUUUGCUUGUAUUGGUGCACAGGUUUGACUUUGAUGUGUGCAAUCAUAUCAGAUGUUGAUCAGUAUUUAUGUAACUGUAUCAAAGCUAUAAUGACACCAAAAAAGUACAUACGGUAUCGACACAAAGCCACUCUCGUAGCAAACACAUGGAUGAAGAAUUUAUUUAUUUUAUAUGAUGUUGAAUCCCAGUGUUGGAUAUGAUUUUAUUAUUAUCAAUACUUCAUAGUUUGUUAGUUAUGAUGAUCAAAAUGUUUUAUAACAUGCAAUGUUUGUUUUGAUAAACAUGCAGGGCUUGACAUUAACACCCGCCAAAUGCGGAUAGAUAUUCUUAAAUGAGGUGUUCACCUCUUAAGACCCGAGCUUUGGUUUGUCUUUUUUUUUUCUGUAGUUAAUACAUUUGUUAAAAAACAAGUUGAAAACACUUUUUUAGGUGUUACCAAUUGAAGUAAUUUAUAAGUUAAUCCUACUUUUCACCUUUUACAGUGUAUGUUGUGAUUACAUGAUCAUGAACAUUUACCAAAUAUUGCUUGAAGACUAAUCCGAAUCAAAACACUUGAUUUUUUACUUUUGGUGAUGUACUUUCACAAUGGCUGAUGUGUCUUCGACCACAAACAAUUUUAACAGUUUUUGUAGAGUAGUUGGGUUUUAUUUAAAAACAAUACAUUUUGAAGUAUUGUUUUUUAUGUGAUAGAGUUUCUAUUACAUUUUAUAAAUGCAUGUGUUUUUACAUAACAUUACAUUAUUAUCUGACUAUGAUUCUUUGUCUAUCCAUGUUUGAGCUUUUCCAUUUAAAACAUGCCACUGACCCACUAAAAUACCAGACUUUUACUGCAAAACUUGAUUUUGGUCUCCUGUCUCUGGGGGUGGGGGGGAGUUAGUAGUUUACUCAUUUAUUAAAUUUAACAUUCAGGCCAGGUUUUGUCAAACCAACAUAAAAUUUGUCUACAAAAUUUAGCAUCUAGUUCUAAUUUGAUUUAGGGUAAUUUAAUUUUCUUAUUGUUCAAACUGUUGACAAAAUGUUUUAUUCUCAACAAUUCAAGUUUGUACUGUGGGGUUGCUUUUGAAACAUUUGAUAAAACUGAAAUUUUGAAAAUUUGCAAAGAUUAACAACAAAAUAUGUUUGCAGUUACAUAUUAACAAGGUGAUGGUCAUGUUAGGGAUAAUGUAGAGGCAGCCGGUAGUUAUUGGGAAAUAAUCCCAGACAGUGUGAUCAGGACCCGACGCGAAGCGGAGGCACUUGUAUCACACUGAAGGGGCUUAUUUCCCGAUAACUACCUGCUGCCUCUACAUUAUCCCGCUUAUUACACGGCUACUUGCCACAUAAGAAAAAAAAACUGGACAUGAAUAUGAAUUUGAAACAUUUUAUUGGCAUAUUUGUUUUAAAUUAAACUUUUUAUCCUUCCGCGAAACUUUGCACAGAUGCAUAAAAUGAUCGUAAUACCUUAUUAAGAUCCUCUGCUUCAUACUUGUCUGUCUCCAUUUUUUUCUCUUUUAGCCAGUCUUUGAGAAGUUUUAAUGCCCAUUAUGUUUUUUUUUUUGGUGUUGGCUUCGUAGCUGUCAUGCUCUAUUUUGUCAAGUUCAGUCUCAGUAAGCUCUCUGUGUCUUGUCGUUGUUCGUUCUUCUAUCCACUGUUUAAAUGUUUGUUUUUUUCUGUACAUGUUAAAAUUAAUUUCAAAAUGUUCCAUUCUUAAUUGUGGUUGUCCAGUGUUUGUCACAAGAUGGCGCCAAACAGUAAUCUUUGUUGGCGCAGAGGGAUUUUAACUUACAAGUAGUCCGGCUAUGCGUUAAUACUUUGGAGCGGUUAUUAUUUGAAAAGAACGAACCUGCAAAUGUCUCAACUGACCAAUCAGAAUCAAGCAUUCCAGAGAGCCGUGUAAUAAGUAUAUUUAACAGGUGUAACACAAACAUCUUGUUCUGUUAAGCUGAAAGGGUCAAAAGUAACAAUGCGCUACUUAUGUUCAAAGUGAAAUUAUACUGAAGUCGUUUUACAUUUGUUCAAAAUUCCACCUAGUAUUGCCCACAUUUGUAAGUUAAUGACCACAGCAAAAUAUAUCUGUUUAAACAUUGUAAAAAUAAAAAAUGGUACUUUCACCCCUGCUCUCCCCU